AUGUUCUAUAUCAGAAGCUUUCAUGAAGCAUGCUAUAACAGAAGCUCUAUAGCAUCAACUUAUUCUCGCACCCAUUGCUCUGAGAGAAAAGAAGAAGAAUAUAAAAUGGGAGGAAGCAGAGGGCAAAAGCUUUCUGGAAUGCAAAAGCAAGUACUUAGCUUAUACAGAGGAUUUCUACGUGCUGCACGUUCCAAAUCUGAGGAAGAACGCUGCAAGAUAGAGUCCAUAGUAUGUCAAGAGUUUCGGCGUAAUUCCAAGCAAGUGGAUCGAAGGAAUUUUCAAUACAUUGAAUAUUUACUUCGCCGUGGCCAUAAACAGCUUGAUCAGCUUCGAAACCCUGGCACCAUUGCUUUAUCUUCUUUGCAACUUGAUUUGUCUAAGUGA